GGGCGCUCCUCCCUCGGCGGGCGGGGCGCCGGCAGCGGCAGCGGGAGCGGGGCCAUGGCCGGGCCUGAGGCCGCGGGUGCUGCUGCCGCCACUGAGGGGAGCGAAGCCGGGAAUGGCGGCUACGACGGGAAGUGCGUGUUCUGCAGGAUCGCCCGUCGGGAGGAGCCGGGCACGGCGCUGCUCCCCUGCGAGGAUGAAGACCUUGCUUGCUUUAGAGAUAUAAAACCUGGCGCCCCCCACCACUACCUGGUGGUGCCCGUGAAGCACAUGGGAAACUGCAAAACACUGAAGACAGAGCACAUACCUCUAGUGAAGAGAAUGAUGGAAGUUGGAAAAGCUGUUCUCCAGAAGAAUAAUUUUAAUGACUUGAAUGAUGUAAGAAUGGGUUUUCACUGGCCUCCAUUCUGCUCAAUAGCCCACUUGCAUCUUCACGUCCUGGCCCCAGCCAGUCAGAUGGGGUUCUUAUCCAGGCUCUACUACAGAAUCAAUUCCUACUGGUUCAUCACGGCUGAACAACUGAUCGAGAGACUGCAAACUGAAAAUGCUGCCAGCUGAAAGCUUGUGUUAUCAGCCAGUUUGGUCUUUGAGCUCUGAUUUAAGGUUGCACAGUUUGAUGAUGCCAAUAAUAUCCCAUGAUAAAAAAAGCUUGAGUUCCUUAUGAGGAAAUACAUACAGAAUUUGUAGCUGCUAACUUCAUUCUUCCAUUUGGAUAUGUCAGUCCCUAUACUUCCUUGGCAAUAGCGUGAUAUAUUUUAGUUGUAAUUUUAUAUUUGUGUAGAUACAUAAAACACACACACAUGCACACAAGCAGAGAAGUCUUCUACUAAAAGGCAAAGUGUAGGAGCAGAAUGUAUUGCAACCAAGGCAGCGAGUUACAACUAACAGCAUGUGAAUGGUACCAGAAGGGAGUAUUUGUUGUGGAAUCAAGCUUUCAUUUUCAAGAUGCAUUGUUCUGGGAUUGCAGGUAACAUUUCAAACAUUUGUUUCCAUCUGCAUUUGUGUGAUAUGUUACUGUGCCUAGUGAUAAGUAGGUACAUUGCUGAAAGUACUGACUUUCUGGUGCUAAACCACUUCAAUGUUACCUGACUUGUUCGCAGCACAAUGCAUGUGCCCAAAAUGUGAUAAUGCUGUAUAACUAGAAUAUAGUUUAUGUGUAAAUAGACCUAAAGAUAUUUUUUUCCCUCUUAUGUGCAUAAUGUUUGAAAUUAAUUACUGUAUGUUUACCAAGAAUGUGAAGAGUUCAGAAGAACGGAUUUAAUAUACUGCUUUUCUGCAUGGCACUAGAUAGAAAAGUCCAGAUUUCCUGAUCUUAUUCUCACUGGAAGUCCCUUGCAGAUUAUUAAUGCCUUGGCCAAAUUUGGAUUCUAAAUGAAGUCAUAGGAGAAGCUGGUCUGAAAUGCAGUGUGUGUUUGUGUGUGUGUGUGUGGUUUGUGGCUCUUACAUAAGAGCAAUGUGAUUUGACUUUGGGACAGCAGGGACUCAGCCCAAAAUUGGAAUAUGCCAAGUUGCUUAAGGAACCUGCUGAACAGUUGCCUUUGCUGCAUGACUCUAAUCAGGAAUGCUAGCACUUGUUUUUCAGUACCAUAAUAAGGCAGACUGUUUGGCAAGCUAAAACUCCAGAACACAUGGAGUGGAUUUUCUUUGUUCACAGAGCUUGUCCUGGUGCCAAUCUAACCAAGUGCCCUUGCCUGAUGCAUUCAGAUGCAGCUGAGGUGAGAACGUCUGUUGCACCUGCAAGCUUCCCUGAACAUAAUAUUCUGUGUUUUCCAUGGAUCCAGCACCUGUUGCCUUAGUGAUACAAUGUGUUGUAAUAUUUUUACAGUACUUCAGAGGGUCCACACCCUUCUGAAGAGCUGCAUUUUCUACCUGGCAGAGUUUACACCUCUCUGUCUGUAAGAUGUUCUUCCUAAUGUCUUGUUAUUCUUUUUAGUGGGCACUGCAUGUCAUUUGCAGCCCUUUAGGGUUUUAAUUUUUUACAUUUGGUUGGAAAAGUGUGACUUAAAGCCACUGAACUUUGACUGUGCAAUAGAUGAAAAAGCCUGAGCUGGCUCCUAACUUAGUGAAAUACCUGAAUAUUAAGGAUUUUCAAGAGUUAAUACUGUGUGUGUGUGUUCCGAUCUGUAAUUAACUUAUGUAACUGCACUAAACUGUGACAUGUAAAGUAAUAUUUAAAAUACCAACGUGACCUGUUGUCAAAAAGGAUUAAUAAAUGCUAAUCUUGGGAUGAUUUUCCAGUGCAGUGGAAUA